CUCUUGACAACCGCAUAACACGCACAACCUUCCAUAAAUCAAUUGAUUGAGGCUACUCAAGAUAUACACGAGACCUAGGGUGAAAACGGUGACGGUCGCUUCGAUAAACAAGCAGCGGACUGGCGCGGGGCCGAAGCUUAGGUCCUCAGGGGGAGCUGACUUGGUAGCAGCUCCUACGCCACAAGCAUUAUAAUACGCAGCAUGGCGCGGAGGUCGCACUAACAGAGGACCAUGCCGACCAGCGAGCAUAAGCGGCCGCUGGACCCGCCCGUGCCAGAGUCGCCAGUAUGGCUGCCCUCUAUUGCCCAGGGCAGGCUGCCCGGCCGGACGGGCAGCCCAGGGGCCGGGUUCACUCUGCCGAAGACUCGGCAGAUUCCCAUGCCCACGCAGCUGAAGAGCAAUGCCGACCUCUUCAGCAUAGGCACCCUGCCGUCCAUGGAGCAUCUAGAGUUUGGCACGAAGCGGAAGAAGUCUGCCAUCCCCAAGCUGCCGUCCAUCGACAAGCGUGAGGCGGACCGGGAGGCGGUCACCAGCCAGCAGCCGGACCUGCAGCCGCCGCGCAGACCCGCGCGCUCGGACCUGUCGUCAGACCCCAGCGAGGAUGUGGACAUGGAGGAGUCGGAGCUGCCUGCCGAUGAGGAGGAGGUGCUGGAGGGGCCCAAGGUGGACGAACGGGACGCGGGCUACGAUCCCGACAUGAUCCCCGGCAUCAACUCCGGCGACGACGUGGUGGAGUUCUACGGCAAAUUCGGACAGGACUCCCCCGUGAAAUUCUUCUACUGCAACAGGGCGCCUGAGGGCAUGCGGUUCCGGCCCUACGACCUGUUGGUGGUACGGCGUCAGAAGAUUGGGCCCGAGUACUUCACUGUCAGCGCCACGGGCGUCAUGCGGAUCAAGCGGGGCGUGCAGGCUGAGUUCACGCCGCUGGCGGAGUGGGUGCGGGAGAAGACGCUGUUCGACCUGAUUAGCGCGAUUGGCUUCUUCCGCAACUACCUCACGGGGCGCUGCUUCCGGCGCUGGCUCAAGGCGGUGCGGCAAAAGAACUUCAACAAGGUGCGGUCCAAGAUCCAGGACAGCCUGUUCCUGGCCAAGCCCACCUUCUGCCCACACCUGGUGGAGAUCUUCGCGGCGGUGGACGAGAUCCGCAACACGCCCUUCGCCUCCAACAACCAGCAGCUGUACCUGCUGCAGGACUAUGCGGAGCUGCAGGUGAGCACACGCGAACACAAGGCCAAGCCGGCGCUGGAGGCGAUCGUGGAGAAGGUGCAGAAGGUGCUGGAGCGCGUGUGCCGCGAGGUGCAGAAGCAGGCGCGGCUGUACCAGCAGUCGGUGCGCGACCAGACGGAGCUGGAGGACACCACGGGCGUGGAGCUGCUGCAGGGGCGCAGCGCGGGCUGCGCGCGGCCCAUGAUCACCAUCAAGCGCGAGAAGAUCGAGCGCGCGCAGAACUUUGCCCGCGUGAUGCGGGAGGUGACCAUGCUGGGCGCCUUCAUCCGCCUGGCGGACUAUCUGUUUGUGGAGGGUGUGAUCAGUCGCGCGGUGACCACGGUGGAGGAUGUGCUGGACCUGCUGGCGGCGCCGAAGACGUCGGCAGACAAGCAGGUCAGCAAUAAGGGCGUGUUCACCACCAUCAUCGGCUUCGUGCCCGAGUCCAUCACCUUCACGCCCGACGACUCGGCGGUGCUGGACGAGCUGAACAACAUGAUGGAGGGCAUCAUCGCGCUGGCGCAGCAGGCGCCGCGCCUCAUCUUCAUGCGCGCCUUCACACAGUACUUUGAGGGCAAGCCCUCCGGCCUGAACCCCGCCUCCGUCAUCCGCGCCUCGCCCUACUUUGGCGAGCUGCGCAGCGCCAUCAACAACACGGUGCAGGAGGACUACGGCGCGGCGCGCGAGUACGUCAAGCUGUUCGAGGCGUACCGCAUGGUGUACGACUUCGGCCGCACCUGGAGCUACGAGGAGUACUCCUCCAAGUCCAAGAGCCUGCGCGAGAUCCGGCGCGACAUGCACAAGCAGCGCGAGUGGCGCAACGAGCUGGACCGCAUGAAGAUCUCCAACGUGGUGGGCUGUCUGUACGUGGACAGCAAGAGCCUGCGCAACGACCUGAUGCCCAUCACGCUGACCACGCUGGAGAAGAUCAAGGGGCUGCUGCUGUCCAUGGCGCGCGACACGUGCCUGUCCGUGCUGGAGGACGUCAACACGCGCAUUGCGCUGCUGCAGGCCCGGCCCACUGCGCUGAACGAGUUCAUGGCCUACCAGGUCAUGCACGCCAAGCAGGUGGAGUCCAAGAAGUCGGUGCUGGCGGCGGUGGCGCAGGUGGACGACAUGUACGACAUGCUGGCGGCGUACGAGCAGAAGGUGCCGUACCAGGACGCCGUGAAGCACGACGACCUGCGCGAGGCCGCCACCACCUUUGUGACGGAGCUCACCAGCGGCAAGGAGUUCAUGGCCGACCACAAGGAGGGCCAGAUGGAGAGCCUGGCUGCCAACAUCGCGCGCACGCACGAGGAGCUGGCGGCCAUCAAUGCCUCGCUCAACAAGGGCGACUACGUGAACCCCGACGCGGACGCCGAGUCUGUGCUGGCGGACGUGGAGGGCGUGCUGUCGCAGCUUCGUGACCUGUCCACCGCCUGCGACACCUACAAGGAGUACCAGACGCUGUUCGAGCUGGAGUCUGACAGCUUCAUGGACCUGACGGCGGUGGAGAAGGAGGCCAACGCCAAGUACCAGCUGUGGAAGAGCUUGUUCGACUUCAUGGAGAAGUCCCACAACUGGACCGAGGACCCCAUCCUGGACGAGAACGGCCAGCAGCAGAUGUCCAUCGAGGCCAUCCGCGCCGAGGUGGAGGAGUACGCGCAGCGCGCCUACAAGAUGGGCAAGGCGGCCAAGGAGGACCAGGUGGUGGUGCGGCUGAAGGACUGCAUCGACGACUUCAAGCAGAUCAUGCCGCUGGUUGAGGAGCUGGCCAACCCGGCGCUCAAGACGCGGCACUGGGAGCAGAUCUUCAAGCUCAUUGACGCCGACAUCCCGCCAAACGACAACGGCGUGGGCUACGCGCCCUUCUCCGUGCGCAUGCUGCUGCAGUACAACGCGCUGGACCGGUACGAGCCCAUCCAGUCCAUCAGCGGCGUGGCCUCUAAGGAGUACAGCCUGGAGAAGGUGCUGGAGAAGAUGAGCAAGGACUGGGAGGGUGUGGAGUUCCGCUGCAUCGAGUACAAGGACACCGGCACCUACAUUCUGGGCGGCACGGACGAGAUCCAGGCGCUGCUGGACGACCAGAUUGUCAAGACGCAGGCCAUGCGCGCCUCGCCCUACAUCAAGCCACUGGAGGAGCAGGCCACCAAGUGGGAGGGCAUGCUGACCACGCUGCAGGACAUGCUGGACAACUGGCUCACCUGCCAGGCCACGUGGCAGUACCUGGAGCCCAUCUUCAGCAGCCCCGACAUCCUCAAACAGAUGCCGGAGGAGGGCGACAAGUUCCAGGUGGUGGAUGCGUCGUGGCGUGAGCUGAUGGAGACGACGUCGGAGGCGCCCUCCUGCACCAAGGUGGCGGAGGAGCGCGACAAGCUGAUGUCACUGCAGGAGGCCAACCGCCUGCUGGAGGAGAUCCAGAAGGGCCUGGCCGCCUACCUCGAGCUCAAGCGCCUGGCCUUCCCGCGCUUCUUCUUCCUGUCCAACGACGAGAUGCUGGAGAUCCUGUCGGAGACCAAGGACCCCACGCGCGUGCAGCCGCACCUGAAGAAGUGCUUCGAGGGCAUUGAGAAGCUGCGGUUCGAGGGCCCGCACGCGGAGAUCACCGGCAUGGUGUCCUGCGAGGGCGAGCUGGUGCCGCUCAAGACGCGCAUCAAGCCCGCCGACGCGCACGGCAGCGUGGAGAAGUGGCUGGUGCAGGUGGAGGCGGGCAUGGUGGAGAGCGUGCAGGAGAGCUGCCGGCGCGGCGUGCUCAGCUACCCCGCCGCCCAGCGCUCCAAUUGGGUGUUGGAAUGGCCGGGCCAGGUGGUGCUGGUGGUCACCGCCAUCUUCUGGACGCGCCAGGUGGUUGCAGCCAUCUCCAGCCCGGACAAGGCCGCGCUCAAGGAGUGCGCGGAGCAAAACACGUCGCAGCUGGGCGAGAUUGUGUCGCUGGUGCGCGGCGAGCUGAGCAAGCUGAACCGCGCCACGCUGAGCGCGUUGGUGGUGAUGGACGUGCACGCGCGCGACGUCGUGGUGGCGCUGGCGGCGGAGAAGGCCGUGGCCGGCGACCCCAACCACUUCAGCUGGCUCAGCCAGCUGCGCAUGUACUGGGAGGCAAAGGACCCUACGCAGGCUGAGGCGGACGAGGGCACCAUCAUGGUUCGCAUGAUGAACGCCGAGGUGGAGUACGGCUACGAGUACCUGGGCAACAGCAUGCGCCUCGUGGUCACGCCGCUGACGGACCGCUGCUACCGCACGCUCAUCAGCGCCAUCCACCUCAACCUGGGCGGCGCGCCCGAGGGCCCCGCCGGCACCGGCAAGACCGAGACCACCAAGGACCUGGCCAAGGCGCUGGCGCGGCAGUGCGUGGUGUUCAACUGCUCCGACACCCUGGACUACCAGACUAUGGCCAAGUUCUUCAAGGGCCUGGCCAGCAGCGGCGCCUGGGCCUGCUUCGACGAGUUCAACCGCAUUGACCUGGAGGUGCUGUCGGUGGUGGCGCAGCAGGUGCUGGAGAUCCAGCUGGCCGUCAAGCAGCGCGUCAAGUCGUUCUUCUUUGAGGGCACGGAGCUGCCGCUGCGGCCCACAUGCAAUGUGUUCAUCACCAUGAACCCGGGCUACGCCGGCCGCUCCGAGCUGCCUGACAACCUCAAGGCGCUGUUCCGCACGGUGGCCAUGAUGGUGCCCGACUACGCGCUGAUCAGCGAGAUCAUGCUGUACAGCAAUGGCUACCUUCAGGCGCGCGAGUGCGCGCGCAAGAUCGUGGCCACCUACAAGCUGUGCUCGGAGCAGCUGUCCAGCCAGGACCACUACGACUACGGCAUGCGCGCGGUGAUGGCCGUGCUACGCGCCGCCGGCAACCUCAAGCGCCGCUUCCCCGACUCGGAUGAGUUCGUGCUCAUGCUGCGCUCCAUCAUCGACGUCAACCUGUGCAAGUUCCUGUCGCACGACGUGCCGCUGUUUAACGGCAUCGUGUCAGACCUGUUCCCAGGCGUGGUGCUGCCGGAGCCGGACUACGGGCACUUGAUGGAGGCCAUGAAGCGGCAGUGCGCGCUGCACAACCUGCAGCCCACCGAGUACUUCCUGAUGAAGACCAUCCAGCUGUACGAGAUGGUGGUGGUGCGCCACGGCCUCAUGACCGUGGGCCAGCCCUUCAGCGGCAAGACCGCCAGCCUCAAGGUGCUGGCUGGCGCGCUGUCCGACCUGCACGACCGCGGCAUCACCGGCGCGCUGUACAGCCGCGUGCAACUGCGGGCCAUCAACCCCAAGUCCGUCACCAUGGGCCAGCUGUACGGCGAGAACGACAAGGCCACGCAGGAGUGGAAGGACGGCGUGCUGGCGGUGACCUUCCGCUCGCUGGCCGCCGACCCCAGCGAGGACCGCAAGUGGCUGGUGCUGGACGGCCCGGUGGACGCCAUCUGGAUUGAGAACAUGAACACGGUGCUGGACGACAACAAGAAGCUGUGCCUGCCCAACAGCGAGAUCAUCCAGAUGAGCAGUACCAUGUCCAUGAUCUUCGAGGUGGGCGACCUGGCCGUGGCCUCGCCCGCCACCGUGUCGCGCUGCGGCAUGGUGUACCUGGAGCCGCACCAGCUGGGCUGGCAGCCGCUACUGGCCUCCUGGAUUAACACGCUGCCGCGCACGCUGGGGCCCAAGAUCCGGACCCACAUCGAGAAGCUGUUCGAGUGGCUCGUCCCGCCCUGCCUGCGGUUUGUGCGCCACGACGCCAAGGAAGUCAGCCCUACGGAGGACAUUGGCCUGGCGCGCACCACCAUGCGCCUGAUGGCGGCGCUGCUCACGGAGGACUUUGGCGCGCCGCUCAGCAUCGCUGCCAUGGCGGCCGCCGACAAGGCCGAGAAGGCCGCGGCGGACAAAGUCGCCAACAACGCGGCCGCCGUGCUGGCGGCCGUCAGCUCGGUUGUCGCCGGGGCGCUGGAUAGCACGGACGGCGCGGAGGCUAAGGCGGCGGAUAAAGCGGCGGUGAGCGACGGCUUCGGCGCGGAGGCGCAGGAGGUGGCGCCGGGCGCGAGCUACGACGACACCACCAAGACGGUGCUGGUGGAGAGCGUGUUCCUGUUCGCGCUGGUGUGGUCGCUGGGCUGCACAGGCGACGGCGAGAGCCGCCGCAAGUUUGACGCCUUCCUUCGCAGCAUGAUGAGCGGCGUCAUUCCCGACGGCUACGCGGACUACACGACCGCGCCCAAGGUGCACAUGGCGGUGCCGCUGCCCUCGCCCGACAACGGCCACACCGUGUUCGACUACUGCCUGCACAAGCGCAGCGCCGCCAAGGGACUGGUGCCGGGCCGCUGGCAGCUGUGGACCGACACCAUCCCGGAGCUGGACAUCCCCGCGGACGCCCAGUUCGCGGACAUCAUCAUUCCCACCAAGGACUCAGCCCGCUACACGUUCCUGAUGGACCUGGCGCUGCAGCACAACCAGCCGCUGCUCAUGGUGGGCCCCACCGGCACCGGCAAGUCCACCUACAUCAACCGGCACCUGGUGUCGGGCCUGCCGCGCGAGAAGUGGACGCCCAUCUUCAUCACCUUCAGCGCGCGCACCACCGCCAACAUGGCGCAGGACCAGGUGGACGGCCGGCUGGACAAGCGGCGCAAGGGCGUGUACGGCCCGCCGCCCGGCCGCAGGGCUGUGGUGUUCAUCGACGAUCUGAACAUGCCAGCCAAGGAGACCUACGGCGCGCAGCCGCCCAUCGAGCUGCUGCGCCAGAUGGUGGACGGCGGCGGCUGGUACGGCCGCGACAACGCCUUCCGCUCCAUGGUGGACGUGCAGGUGGUGGCGGCCAUGGGCCCGCCCGGCGGCGGCCGCACCUUCGUCACCAACCGCUUCCUGCGCCACUUCAACGUGCUGGCGCUGGCGCAGGUGUCGGAGGACUCGCUUGUGCACAUCUUCCGCACCAUCCUGGACUGGCACCUUUCCAAGAGCGCCUUCCCCGGCCCCGUGGCCGCGCUGGCGCCGGGGCUCAUCAACGCCACGCUGGAGGUGUACACGCAGUCCAUGGCCAAGCUGCUGCCCACGCCCACCAAGAGCCACUACGUCUUCAACCUGCGCGAUUUCGCUCGCGUGGUGCAGGGCGUGAUGAUGCUGCCGCGCGAGAGCCUGCCCAGGCCCGCCGACCCGAUGGACGACUCCGCCGGCGGCGGCGCGGCGCACGAAGGCGUGGCUCUGUACCGCCGCCUUUGGGUGCACGAGGUGUUCCGCGUCUUCUACGACCGCCUGGUGGACGACACCGACCGCCAGUGGCUGAUGGGGCAGGUCAAGGCCACGGUGUCCGCGCACCUGGACACCGGGUUUGAUGGGCUGAUGGAGGGACUGCUGAGUGCGGAGGACAAGAAGGCGGGGCGCGCCAUCACGCACGAGGACAUGCGCCGCUGCUUCUUCGGUGACUACGCUGACACCAACGAGCCCGAGCCGUCGCUGCGCAAGUAUGCCGAGGUGGCGGACGUGGCCACGCUGCUGACCACCAUGGAGGAGUACCUGCACGACCACAACGGCACCUCCAAGCGCCCCAUGAACCUGGCCAUGUUCCUGUUCGCGGUGGAGCACAUCUCCCGCAUCUGCCGCCUGCUCAAGCAGCCCGGCGGCAACAUGCUGCUGGUGGGCGUGGGCGGCAGCGGCCGCCAGUCCCUCACGCGCCUGGCGGGCUUCAUCUGCGGCAUGGAGGUGCUGCAGGUGGAGAUCGCGAAGAGCUACGGCCGGACGGAGUGGCGCGAGGAUCUGAAGAAGGUGCUGCGCAAGGCGGGCGCGGACAUGAAGAACGUGGUGUUCCUGUUCAGCGACACGCAGAUCAAGGACGAGUCGUUCCUGGAGGACAUCAACAACAUCCUCAACAGCGGCGAGGUGCCCAACAUGUUCCCGCAGGACGAGCGCAUGACGAUCAUGGAGGCGGUCCGACCUCGCGCCGCCAAGCGCGGUCUGGAGACGCCGCUGGAGCUGUGGGGCUACUUUGUGGAGACCUGCCGCCGCAACCUGCACGUGGUGCUGUGCUUCAGCCCCAUCGGCGACGCCUUCCGCGAGCGCCUGCGCGCCAACCCCUCCAUCGUCAACUGCUGCACCAUCGACUGGUUCCAGACGUGGCCGCGUGACGCGCUAGAGGCGGUGGCGUUCAAGUUCCUGCGCGAAAUGGAUCUGGACGAGACCACCCGCAAGCAGCUGGUGCAGCUGUGCCAGGCCUUCCACUCGCGCAUCCGCGCAGCCAGCGAGGACUUCAAGCACCAGCUAGGCCGCCACAACUACGUGACGCCCACCUCCUACCUGGAGCUGAUCAGCACCUUCCGCACGCUGCUGGACUCCAAGCGCGCCGCCAACCGCAAGGCGCACUCGCGCUACAGCGUGGGCCUGCAGAAGCUGCAGAGCAGCAGCGAGCAGGUGGCGGGCAUGCAGGCGGAGCUGCAGGCGCUGCAGCCGCAGCUGGUGCGCACCGUGGCGGAGGUGGAGAACCUCAUGAACGUCAUCGCGCGCGAGAAGGCCGAGGUGGUGGAGCCGAAGGCCUUGAUUGUCAAGGGCGAGGAGGCCAAGGCGCAGUCCAAGGCCGACGCAGCAAAGGCGAUCAAGGACGAGUGCGAGGCGGACCUGGCGGAGGCCCUGCCCAUCCUGAACGAGGCGCUGGCGGCGCUAGACACGAUUGACGAGAAGGACAUCAACUACAUUAAGAAGCUGGGCAACCCGCCCAUGAUCAUCAAGCUGGUGCUGGAGGCGGUGUGCGUGAUCCUGGACGUCAAGCCCGCCAAGAUCAAGGACGACACCGGCAAGACCAUCCCCGACUUCUGGAAGCCCUCCGUGGGCCUCAUGAACGAGCGCGACUUCCUGCAGCGCCUCAAGACCUACGACAAGGACAACAUCCCACCGCGCAUCAUCGGCGAGAUCCGCGAAAAGUACGUCAAGAACGAGGCCUUCACGCCCGCCGCGGCGCGCAACGCGUCGCCGGCGGCGGAGGGCAUGUGCAAGUGGGUGCACGCCAUGAGCUCGUACGACCGGGUCGCCAAGGUGGUGGCUCCCAAGAAGGCCAAGCUGGCGGAGGCGGAGGGGCAGUACGAGGAGGUGAUGGUGGGGCUGCGGGCGAAGCAGGCGGAGCUGGCCGACCUGCGCGCCAAGCUGGCAGCCAUGGAGUCCGACCUGCGCACCAACACCAAGAAGAAGGAGCGGCUGGAGCAGGAGGUGGCGCUGUGCAGCAUCAAGCUGGAGCGCGCUGAGAAGCUGAUCGGCGGGCUGGGUGGCGAGAAGCUGCGCUGGACGGAGUCGGCGCAGGCGCUCAAGGACGCGGCGGUGUCCCUGACGGGCGACAUGCUGGUGGCGGCCGGCAUCAUCGCCUACUGCGGCGCCUUCACCGCCAGCUUCCGGCUGGACGUGAUCGAGAGCUUCGUGGACAUGGUCCAGAGCGCCGGCAUCCCGCGCUCGCCGCGCUUCAGCCUGGCCACGGCGCUGGGUGACCCGGUCAAGACGCGCGAGUGGCUGAUCGCGGGCCUGCCCAACGACUCCUUCUCCAUCGAGAACGGCAUCAUUGUGGCGCACGCGCGGCGCUGGCCGCUCAUGAUCGAUCCGCAGGGCCAGGCCAACAAGUGGGUGAAGAACCUGGAGAAGGAGCACAAGCUGCAGGUGAUCAAGCUGUCGGAGGGCGGCGACUUCCUGCGCGUGCUGGAGAACGCGAUCCAGUUCGGGCUGCCGGUGCUGCUGGAGAACGUGGGCGAGGAGCUGGACCCCAGCUUGGAGCCGCUGCUGCUCAAGCAGACGUUCAAGAGCAUGGGCGUCACCUGCAUCCGCCUGGGAGACGCCACCAUCGAGUACAGCUCUGACUUCAGGUUCUACAUCACCACCAAGCUGCGCAACCCGCACUACCUGCCCGAGGUGGCGGUCAAGGUGACGCUGCUGAACUUCAUGAUCACGCCCGCCGGCCUGGCGGACCAACUGCUGGGCGUGGCCGUGGCCACCGAGCGGCCCGACCUGGAGGAGCAGAAGGCGCAGCUGGUGCUGCAGGGCGCCGAGAACACGCGACGCCUGGCCGAGAUCGAGGACAAGAUCCUGGAGGUGCUGUCCAACAGCACCGGCAACAUCUUGGAGGACGAGACCGCGAUCUCGAUCAUCACGGAAGCCAAGACGCUGGGUAACGAGAUCCAGGAGAAGCAGCGCGCUGCCGAGGUGACGGAGAAGGAGAUCGACCUGGCGCGCACCGGCUACAAGCCAUGCGGCGACUACACGUCCAUCUUGUUCUUCUGCAUUUCCGACCUCGCUAACAUCGACCCCAUGUACCAGUACUCCCUGCCCUGGUUCGUGAACCUGUUCGUGGCGUCCAUGCAUGCGGCGGAGCCCUCCAACGACCUUCAGCGGCGGUUAGAGAACAUCUACGACCACUUCACCUACAGCCUGUACCGCAACGUGUGCAGGUCUCUGUUCGAGAAGGACAAGCUGCUGUUCGCGUUCCUGCUGUGCACGCGCAUCCUGGAGACCAAGGGCCGCGUGGACAUGGACGAGUACAUGUUCCUGCUCACUGGCGGCCUGGGCGCCGCCGACCACCGCGCCAACCCCGCGCCCGACUGGCUGGUGGAGCGCGGCUGGCGCGAGCUGUGCCGCCUGGACAAGCUGCCCACCUUCAUGGGCAUCGCCGACGCCUUCGCUGACGACCCGGAGGCCUGGCGGCCGCUGUACGACGGAAUGGAGCCGCACCGCGUCACGCUGCCGGGGCUGUACAACUCGUUGGACGCCUUCCGCAAGCUGCUCAUCGUGCGCUGCAUCCGGCCGGACAAGGUGGUGCCGGCGGUGCAGGACUUUGUGGACGCCAACCUGGGCAAGAAGUACGUGGAGCCGCCGCCCUUCGACCUGGCGGCGUGCUACGCCGACUCCGCGCCCACCACGCCGCUCAUCUUCGUGCUCAGCCCCGGCUCCGACCCCACCGCGGCGCUGCUGCAGUUCGCGGGCGAGCGCAAGAUGGCCAGCCGCCUCAUGGCCAUCUCGCUGGGGCAGGGACAGGGCCCCAAGGCCGCGGCCAUGAUUGCGGAGGGCGCCAAGGCCGGGUCGUGGGUGGUGCUGCAGAACUGCCACCUGGCGCCCAGCUGGAUGACGGCGCUAGACAAGAUCUGCGAGGAGCUUCAGCCCGACACCACCAGCCCCGAGUUCCGGCUGUGGAUGACGUCCUACCCCUCGCCCAAGUUCCCGGUCAACAUCCUGCAGAACGGCGUCAAGAUGACCAACGAGCCGCCCAAAGGCAUCAAAGCCAACAUGCGCCGCUCGUUCAUGAUUGAGCCCAUCUGCCAGGACAAGGAUUUCUUCGAGGCGUGCGGCAAGCCCGCGCCCUUCAAGAAGCUGCUGUUUGGCCUGGUGUUCUUCCACGCGCUGGUGCAGGAACGCCGCAAGUUCGGGCCGCUGGGCUGGAACAUCCCGUACGGCUUCGACGACGGCGACCAGCGCAUCAGCGUGCGGCAGCUCAAGAUGUUCCUGGAUGAGAGCGCGCCGGGCGCGGCGCCGCCCUUCGCAGCGCUGCGCUACGUGACGGGCGAGUGCAACUACGGCGGCCGCGUGACGGACGACAAGGACCGGCUGCUGCUCAACACCAUGCUCGAAAAGUGCUACUGCCCCGACAUCAUCAAUUACGAAGAUUACAAGCUGUCGAGCAGCGGGCUGUACUACGCGCCAGCAGAGGGCGACCGUGCCUCGUACCUGGCGUACAUUGACACGCUGCCCAUCAACCCGCUGCCCGAGGCCUUUGGCCUGCACGCGAAUGCCGACAUCGCAAAGGACCAGAACGACACCGCCGCCAUGUUCGCCAGCCUGCUGUCCAUGACGGGCGGCAGCGGCGGCAGCGGGGGCGGCGGCGGCGGCGGCGCGGCGGGCGCGGCGGAGGAGCGCGUGGCGGGCAUCGUGUCGCAGUGCCUGGCGCGGCUGCCGCCACAGUACGACAUUGAGGCGAUCCAGCGCCGCUGGCCGGUCAAGUACGAGGAGAGCAUGAACACGGUGCUGGCGCAGGAGGCCAGCCGCUUCAACAAGCUGUUGGCGGUGUUGCACGAGUCGCUGGCCAACAUCCAGCUGGCCAUCCAGGGCCUGCUGGUCAUGUCCAGCGAGCUGGAGGAAGCCUUCGCCUCCAUCGCCAUCAACCAGGUGCCGGAGCUGUGGAAGCGCCGCUCCUACCCCUCGCUCAAGCCGCUGGGCUCCUACCUGGACGAUCUGUACGAGCGGCUCAACAUGUUCACGGCCUGGGCUGCCGGCGGCCCGCCGCCCAGCUUCUGGCUGCCGGGCUUCUUCUUCGUGCAGUCCUUCCUCACGGCCUCGCUGCAGAACUACGCGCGCCGGCGCAAGGUGCCCAUCGACACCGUGGGCUUUGGCUUUGAGAUGCUGGGCAUGGAGCACGCCGCCUACAAGACGGCGCCGGCGGAGGGCGUGUACGUGCACGGGCUGUACCUGGAGGGCUGCGGCUGGGACGCCGGGCCGCAGCGGCUGUGCGAGAGCCAGCCCAAGGUGCUGUUUGUGAACGCGCCGGUGAUGUGGCUGCGGCCGCAGAGCGCCGACAAGAAGUUCGAUUACCCGCACUACGACUGCCCGCUGUAUCGCACCGCGGACCGGCGCGGCGUGUUGGCCACCACCGGCCACUCCACCAACUUCGUCAUGUUUGUGAAGCUGCCCACCGACCAGCCCGCCAGCCACUGGAUCAUGCGCGGCGUGGCGCUGCUCACACAGCUGUCCGACUAGAGCAGCUAGCUGCGGGUAUGAUGGCGGUAUCAUUAGCUGCGGACAUGCACGGCGGGUGGGCGUGUGAGCGGAGCGGGAGGGGGCGAGCAGGCGGUGCGGUGUGCUUGUGGUGUUUUGUGAUGGUGAUUGGAGAGAUGUGGGUUGAGGCGCCGCCUCGCGCGCGCGCACGUUUGUGGGUUGUGGGGCGUGCGCGCGUGCGGGGACUUGCUGUUGUCACAGGACGUGACGGGAUGGAGGGGUAAGCAGCUGUGGCUGGCGUGCUGUGGUGACUGUCAGACUUCGCAUGCCUCGUGUGAGAUCGUGUGGCCAACGUGUGGCCUGCAUCGGAACAGGCAUGUGCGCUAGGCGUGCAGACGUGGGGGUGACAGGGCAAUCAGGGACUUAGUGGGUAGGCUACGCACCCGACCAACAACAGGGACAAUACGCGUACGAAUGAGGCAUGUGUUCUCGUGAGCGCAUUGAUAUACAAAGCUGCGGUACUAGAGGCAAUACGUAUAUGACGUUUGAGCUAGGUGGUGGAUUUGGGAUGUGAAGACUCGGCACUGCUAUGUGCAACCAGGAGUGAGGGUGUCAGCGUGCUCCAGGUAGCGGCAUGUGUCUGCGAGCGGCCCAGUUACUUGUAAAGCACUAAUGGCUUGUCUAAGAUCAAAAGGUGCCAACGCCUAGAUCAUUUGUCAGGUGUCGGGCCCAGGAAGAGUAUUUGUAGCCGGGCGCGUCGCUGUGUCGUCGUGGUGUCUGGGGCGUGAGCGUGCGGGCGGGAACGUCCACGCGGGGGUGGCUCCUGGGCUGCAACUGUGGCCCGUGGCCCUGCAUACGUCUGCCCCUGGAAUUGGUGCAGUACGCCAAUGA